AUGCGUGAAAUUGUUCACAUCCAAGCCGGCCAAUGCGGCAAUCAAAUUGGCGCCAAGUUUUGGGAGGUGAUUUCAGACGAGCACGGCAUCGAUUCGACCGGCACUUACCACGGUGACUCCAAUCUCCAGCUGGAGAGAAUCGACGUCUACUACAAUGAAGCAUCCGGCGGCAAGUACGUGCCGCGUGCCAUCCUCGUCGACCUGGAGCCCGGCACCAUGGACUCCGUGCGCUCGGGACCGUUCGGUCAGAUAUUUCGACCGGACAACUUCGUGUUCGGCCAGUCGGGGGCCGGCAACAACUGGGCCAAGGGUCACUACACCGAGGGUGCCGAACUCGUCGACUCGGUGCUCGAUGUGGUGAGGAAGGAGGCCGAGAGCUGCGACUGCCUGCAGGGGUUCCAGCUGACGCACUCCUUGGGCGGUGGUACCGGAUCUGGAAUGGGUACUCUGCUUAUCACGAAGAUACGAGAGGAAUACCCGGACAGGAUCAUGAGCACGUUCUCCGUGGUGCCGUCUCCCAAAGUUUCCGAUACAGUCGUGGAACCCUACAACGCUACUCUGUCGGUUCAUCAGCUGAUAGAAAACAGUGAUCAAGCUUAUUGCAUCGACAACGAAGCACUCUACGACAUCUGCUUCCGUACUUUGAAGCUGACUACUCCUACGUACGGCGAUUUGAAUCACCUCGUGUCGGCUACCAUGUCCGGCGUGACAACCUGUCUAAGAUUUCCAGGUCAAUUGAACGCCGAUUUGAGAAAGCUCGCGGUGAACAUGGUGCCGUUUCCCCGUCUCCACUUCUUCAUGCCAGGUUUCGCGCCUCUCACGUCCCGGGGGAGCCAACAGUACCGAGCUCUCACCGUGCCGGAGCUCACGCAGCAAAUGUUCGACGCGAAGAACAUGAUGGCAGCCUGCGAUCCGCGCCACGGUCGUUAUCUGACCGUGGCGGCCAUCUUCCGCGGCAGGAUGUCGAUGAAGGAGGUGGACGAGCAGAUGCUCAACAUCCAGAAUAAAAACAGCUCGUACUUCGUCGAGUGGAUACCGAACAACGUGAAGACGGCGGUGUGCGACAUUCCGCCGCGCGGCCUCAAGAUGUCCGCCACCUUCAUCGGCAACUCCACGGCUAUUCAGGAGCUGUUCAAGAGGAUCUCCGAGCAGUUCACGGCGAUGUUCAGGAGGAAAGCCUUCCUCCACUGGUACACCGGCGAAGGUAUGGACGAAUUGGAGUUCAACGAGGCGGAAUCGAACAUGAACGAUUUGGUGUCGGAGUAUCAGCAGUAUCAAGAUGCGACGGUGGAGGAGGAUUACGAGGAAGUGGAUGAGUAGGAAACGAAGAGAUGGAAUAUAGAGAUGUCGAGCACGGAGGAUCGCGCGCACUUGCAAACAUUUUUUGGCGAUUCUUUUGUACAAUUUUUUUGCUAUUUUUGCCUACUUUAUGAAUGCUUUACACUAUUUUGUACGUGUUGUCCCUGUACACGAAUUUUUGGAUGUUUUAAUUUAAUUUGUACGCUUACUUUGGUGAAGUUUAUAAAAGUAUUGGCAAAAAGAGUCGGUCUUUAGAUUUAAUAUUUGCGGCGGAUUCUCCGAAGCACGCUGUAUUUUAAAUGCUUAGGAAACUGAUACGACUCGAUUAGCGCUCUUCGUUACGUUGAUAAUAUCAUCUCCAUCAGUUAGUGACAUUGUUCGUAGCUACGAGUACGACGCCUCUAAAAUAAGACGAGCAAACGCUGACGUUUAGACGCGAGUCUCGUUAUCGAACUCGUUAUCGUCCUUCUGGUCAACUGACAUUGAUGAAGCCAAGGCCUCGGCAAAAAUUGGCGAUCGCGCAUUAUCUCAUCGGUGCCCCGAGGGCAAACACUUUA